AUGGCUUCCGCUCCGGAUAAUGGUGGCGCCACGCCCCAGACAUCCACCCGAGGGCAGCGGACACCUUCUCGACGAGCCUUCAGCGUGGACCCGCCGUCGACCAGCCGCCGGUCUGUCCACACGCCGGGGAGCCUAGGCCGGAAUCUCGGCGCAUCGCAGAGGCAAGGCCUCUCCGCCUCAGGCCGGAAGCCAAACGCCGCGACACCACACGGCCGCGCGGCCAUCCGGACGCUGGACUCCCGCAGAGCCGCCAUCAACACGCCUGGGCGCAACAGGCGGCGUAGCAUGCGCGACCAGCGCGAGACGCCGCGCAACUGGCUGCAGGCUCUGGGACGCAAGCUAGCGCCCGCGAGCAGGCCCAUCACGUCCUCCUCCUCAUCGCCGCGCGACAAGCAGGCGGACAGCAUUACGGGUGCAAUCCCCGAGGAUGACGAGGACGACGACCUGCCGAUUGAUAGGCCGCGAUUAUCGCUGCCCAUUGACGAGGAUGACGACGAUAGUAGCGAUCUGCAACCUCAUCAGUCGACGGGUCUGGAGGACGAGAAUUUCACGGUGCAAUCGAUCGAGCUGCCGCGAAGGGCCAUCAGUGAGCAGCCGCGCUUCUCGACCCGGAUGAGCGACUUCAUGGGGCCGGUUGACCUGCAGAGUGAUGACGUGGGAAUUGACUCUGCAUUCUUUCCGCCUGCGCAAUUCGAUGAUGAUGACGACGACGGUGAUCUCCAGGGGCCUGACGAUGUCACUUAUGAACGAAUUGACUCUGAAGCUGCACGCCGAGAAACAAUGGCCGCGGGGAGAGAGAGUGACUUUGGUAUCAUUGAAGUGCCCCUAGAUGCUAAUGAGAGUACAUUCUUCCUUGCGCCACAGCUCCAGGAGUCCCCUGUCCGGUCCCCACCUGCAUUUGACUCAGCACUGGGUGGUGACUUGGAACCAGUAGAGGAAGAGCAAGACCCGGGCGAUGUUGAUAUGGAGGAUGACGACGACGUUGGUAUUGAGGAAACAGAGCUUCACACAACCUCCGCCAAUCUAGCACCCGCGAAUGCAAGAUUCAAGAAACCCGGCAAAAAAGUCUCGAAAUACGGCAUCGAGUAUCCAUCUCUCCCAGUGGGCGUUGUGAAGCGCCUUGCGCAGACCUUCGCGCAGACAAGCGGCGUGAGCAAGGCGAAAAUCACGCCUGACGCCAUGUCAGCGAUAAUGCAAGCAUCAGACUGGUUCUUUGCGCAGCUUGGGGACGACCUCCAGGCUUAUGCAAAACACGCCGGCAGGAAGACAAUCGAUGAGAGCGAUAUGAUUACAUUGAUGAAGAGGCAACGUCAGACCAGCAUGUCCACGACCCCGUUCUCGCUUGCACAACGACAUCUGCCCAGGGAGCUCCUGCAGGAGUUGCGCAUGACGCCUCCCGUGCCGGCGAAGAAGCGUAGGGCCAACCGAGAGGGCGAGGAUAUCACCUGA